CGGCGAGGACAAAGCAAGAUGGCGUCUGACGGUGAAGACGUUAUUGCAGUCGUCACAGUUCAAUGUUCUUAAUCUGUGCCUCCAUGUACACAUAUAUGUCCUUUAUUGCACUCUAGUAAAUAGAGUAAACAUCGUUAAUAACUGUUUGCAUCCGGUUAUAUUAGUCUGAGCGCACUUUGAUGCUUCUCGAGCUAGCUUAGCUUGCUAGUUAGCUUAGCUUGUUAGCUGCUAACAAAGAGAGGCGGAAGUGAUCAAAACACAUCACUAAGUAGAGAUCAAGUGUGAGUGUAAAGUGUUGUGAUUGUGUGAAAAUGUGCCAAAGAACGACAGCAGAGUACGAGGAGGAACUUUGUCCAACAAAAGAGGAGAAGGAGCGACAACAUGAAAAACAUCAAGUUGUGUUGCACAGAACAGACAUCCAUCAGCUGAUUGGACACCAAGAAGAAUGUCUCCCUCAUCUGCAGGGGGACAGUUUCACUUUAGAGUAUCCACAGCCCUCACAUUUUAAAGGGGACAAAGAUGAGCCACAGCCCUCUUAUUUCAAAGAGGAAGAGGAGGGAGAGUGUCCUGUAAGGCAGGAGGAGGCUGAUGUCAGCAAGUUUCCACUGACUGUUGUCUCUGUGAAGACUGAAGAGCAUGAAGACAAACCACCUGAGUCCUCACAGCUUCAUCACAGUCCAAAUGUCUGUGAAGAACAUCUUCACCCUGAGCAACAGAAGUGGAGCUUCAGGAUGCGAACGGAGGAGCCACAGCCCUUCCACAUUAAGAAGGAAGAGGAAUACCCACAUACCCCCCUUUAUAAAGAGGAAGAGGAGGACCCACUGACACCCCAUUUUAAAAAGGAAGCGGUGGAUCCACUGAGCCCUCACAUUAAAGAGGAAGAGGAGGAACACAGCAUCAGUCAGCAGGGAGAGCAUCUUGAAGGACUGGAGGAGGUUGAUGUCAUCAAGAUGCCAGUGACUGGUGUCCCUGUGAAGAGUGAAGGUGAUGAGGUGAAAGGUGAAAGUGAGGAGAGGGGAGGGGGGGAGCCUCCAAGCAGCAGCUCAACACAACACAUGACAACAGAAGCUGAUGGAGACCACUGUGGAGGAUCACAAGCAGACAAGCUCUUAGCUCCACUAUCAGAUAGUGAGGACACAACGUCACACUCUCCUGACACUGAUGAUGAAGACUCUAAAGAUGAUAAGACAUGUCACACUGACAACACUCACUUCACAUCUUAAAUCUCCUAGUAAUUUGAAAGUACACAUGAGAACACACACUGGAGAAAAACCUUUUUCAUGUUCAAUCUGCGGUAAAGAUUUUACUCAGAGGUACGAUUUGAAAAGACACAUGAGAACACACACUGGAGAAAAACCUUUUUCAUGUUCAAUCUGCGGUAACGAUUUUAUUCAUAGGCAACAUUUGAAUACACACAAGACAAUACACACUGGAGAAAAACCUUUUACUUGCUCAGAAUGCUGUAAAAGAUUUGCGCGAAAAGCAGAGUUAAAAAGACACAUGAGAAUACACACUGGAGAAAAACCAUUCAUGUGCCCAAUUUGUGGCAAAGGAUUCUCCCAGAAGGGACAGUUGGUAAACCACACAAAAACACACACUGGAGAAAAACCUUUUUCAUGUUCAUCUGUAGUAAAGGAUUUACUCAAAGGCACCUUUUCAAAGCACACAUUAGAAGACACACAGGAGAAAAACCUUUUUCAUGUUCAAUGUGUGGUAAAGCUUUUACUCGAAGUGACCAUUUCAAAGCACACAUGAGAAUACACACUGGAGAAAAAACGUUUUUAUGUUCAAUCUGCGGUAAAGAUUUUACUCGAAGGGACCAUUUCAAAGCACAUAUGAGAAUACACAAUGAAUAAAAAACCUUUUUCUUGUUAAGAA